CAGAAUACCUACCCCUCUCUCUCACACAACCCUGAAUAGUGAAUACCCCUCUCUCUCACUCCAGCCCCACCAGCGAUCCCUCUGCUCGGAGCUGCUGUUGCGUCGCCGUCGUCAAGCCCGCUUCUAUGCUCGAUCCUCUUCAAGCGCGUCCUCUCUCCGUGAAUCUCUGCCCGAAGCCUCGCCGUCGCGAACUGAUCCUCUUCCAAGCUCACUCUCUGUCCAAGCUCACUCUGUCACAGCCGUUCCUCCCUCGUGUCUCCAAGUGCAAUCAAAGAGAAUGAAGAAGCCUAUCGUAGCUUUGUUAAUGGUAAUAUUCUUUUCUGCGUUCAACUGCUUCAACGCCGAAGAAGCGUUCGAUGUUCGCAAGCAUCUCUCCACUGUUUCCAGGUAUGGUGCUGUGAAAGAAAUUGCAAACGGUAAUUUUAUACCUUCUAAAGUUCCUGAAGGAUGUGUUCCAACUCACUUAAAUCUCGUGGCAAGGCAUGGAACUCGUUCUCCUACAAAGAAAAGGAUAAGAGAGUUAGAUAAUUUGUCAUUACGUUUGGAAGAUCUUAUAAAGGAUGCCAGAAGGCGAAAUUUGCAUUUGGAAAGAGUUCCUUCCUGGCUAGAUGGAUGGAAAUCUCCUUGGCAAGGAAGGCUCAAGGGUGGUGAGUUGAUUAGCAAAGGAGAGGAAGAAUUAUAUGAUCUUGGACUCAAAAUUAGAGAAAAGUUUCCAAGUUUGUUUGAUGAAGAGUACCAUCCAAACAUAUAUACAAUAAGGGCAACUCAGGUUCCUCGAGCCUCGGCCAGUGCGGUAGCAUUUGGGAUGGGGCUUUUUAGUGGAAAUGGUAGCCUUGGACCUGGGAAACAUCGAGCAUUUUCUGUUAUAAGUGAAAGCCGUGCUAGCGACAUCAUGUUGAGAUUUCAUGACUGUUGUCAUAACUACAAGCAUUUCAGGGAGAAGCAGGAACCCGCUGUUAAUAAACUUAAAGAACCUGUAUUGAAUGAAAUCACAUCUGCAUUAAUUGGGCGCUAUGGACUGAAUUUUACGAGGCAGGAUAUAUCAUCUCUUUGGUUUUUGUGUAAACAGGAAGCAUCCUUAUUAGACAUUACCAAUCAAGCAUGUAGUCUUUUUGGCCCUUCUGAGAUUAUGUUGCUGGAGUGGACAGAUGACUUGGAGGCUUAUAUUCUUAAGGGUUAUGGUAACUCGCUCAACUAUAGAAUGGGAUUGCCAUUACUUGAAGAUGUUGUGCAGUCUAUGGAACAAGCUAUUCAAGCUGAAGAAGAAAGACGCCCUCCCGGAAGCUUUGAAAAGGCAAGACUUCGGUUUGCACAUGCGGAAACUAUAAUUCCAUUUUCGUGUCUGCUUGGUUUAUUUCUUGAUGGAUCCGAGUUUAAAAAAAUUCAGAAGGAGCAACCUUUGCAGCUCCCUCCAAAGCCUCCACAGAAAAGAACCUGGAGGGGUAGCACUCUAGCCCCAUUUGCAGGCAAUAACAUGCUGAUAUUGUAUAGUUGUCCGGCUCAAGACAAAUCUAAAAGCAAGCACUUUGUGCAAGUGCUGCACAAUGAACACCCCAUUCCAAUGCCUGGUUGUGAUGGUUCUGAUUUCUGUUCAUUUGAGGUCUUCAAGGAAAAAAUAGUUGCACCUCAUCAGAAGCAUGACUAUGAUACAGUCUGUAAUCCGAAGCAGGAGCCGUCCUCUGGCAGUAUGUAUCAAAUGUUUCAGUGGCUUUUCUCGCUCAGCAAAGGUGAUAAACAGCCCAGAGAUGAAUUUUAGUUUGUUUGCUAGGUAAGAAGCCUCAAUUCUUAACAUUUUUUUCUUUUUCUUCGUUGGCGAUACCACUUCAACAUAUUUUCAGACUUGAGCAUCGAUCCGGUCUAAGCAAGAACCAAUUUAGAUAGAUUUUGCUGCCACUGUGGGAUUUGCCUUGCUAUCUUAGGCUUGCUGCCUUAUGCCAAGAAUUGGAGUUGGAUAGAACUUGAGUUUAAAAUGUCAGUUUUCCCUUUUCUCCCAGUAGCAAUGCUUCUAUAGUUAUCAGACGUAGAAUUGAUGUGUCAUUUCAUGACUCUUGAACUCUAGUUUUGUUCUUAUGGAAUAGUAGACACUAGACACUAUGGUCUGCAUUUUGGUUUUUUUAUUAUUAUUUAUUUAUUUUUAAUUAUAGCUAACCAUAGGAUAAUCCCAUACCCCUACUUUUAUUCUUCUUUCUUGGUCGUGGUCUCAUGGACAAUCCUACUCUUUAAAGGAGCUAAAAUUGGAAGUUUUGUAUGGAAAAUAAGAAUUUUAAGUUUCCAAUGCGUUAGUAAUUU